AAAAACCCUAAUUUACUCCCGACUAGCUAGGGUUUCGACAACACAAUCCAAUCAUUUCAAGUGUGGUGGCUGCGUUAUCACCUCCGGCAGCUUGAAAAUUUCCGAUCAGGAUGGAUUUCGACGAGUACGACUACCUCGAGAAAGCGGUGGAAGAAACCAACGGCUCACCGAAGGGGUCUCCAGAGGCAGAGAAGGAGAGAGAGAGGAGCGAUAAGGGGUACAGAAGGAGAGACAGGAGUGAAGAUGAUGAGCUCGAUGAAGAUGAGAAGGAGAGGAGAAGCAGCAGCAAGAAAUCGAGGAAUGGUGACAGCAGCCGUGAAAGAGAGAAGGAUAAGGGUAGGGAUGUGGAUAGGAAUCGCGAAAGAGAAAGGGAUAGGGACAGGGACAGAGAAAGGGAUAAGGAUAGAGACAGAGACAGAGAAAGGAGCUCGAGGCAUCGGAGUGGAGAACGGGAUUCAGAGAGAGAGAGGCGGAGCUCGAGGGAGAAGGAUAAAGAGAGGGAAAGGGAUAGGGAUAGAGGCAAGGAGAGGAAAGAGAGGGAUGGAGAGAAGGAAAAGGAGAGAGAGAGGAGAGAUAGGGAUAAGGAGAGGGAGAGGGAGAGGAGGAGCCGCAGCAGGAGCCAGGUAGACCGUGACGGAGAGAGGGAGAGGAGGAGCCACAGCAGGAGUCGGUUAGACCGCGACAGAGAGAGGGAUGUGGAGAGGAGGAGCCGCAGCCGGAGUCGGUUGGACCGUGAAAGAGAGAGGGAGUUGUUGAGGGAUAAGGAGCGUGAGGAGAGCAGGUCGGCAAGGCUUGUGGUGAAGCUGAGAUUCAAGGACAAAAGAGAAGCUGUAGAGCCUGAAGCCGAUCCAGAGAGGGACCAGAGAACUGUUUUCGUAUAUCAGAUGCCUCUGAAGGCGACCGAGAGGGAUGCAUUUGAGUUCUUUUCACAAGCUGGAAAGGUCAGGGAUGUUAAAUUGAUUAUGGAUCGAAACUCGAGGAGAUCCAAAGGAGUUGGGUACAUUGAAUUUUAUGAUGCUAUGUCUGUACCAAUGGCUAUAGCUUUAUCUGGGCACCUAUUUCUUGGACAACCUGUAAUGGUGAAACCUUCAGAGGCUGAAAAGAAUCUUGUUCAAUCAAACACUUCUGCUGGUGGGUCAGUUACUGGACCAUAUGGUGCAACAGACAGGAAGCUUUAUGUAGGAAAUUUACAUUUCAACAUGACAGAGUUUCAGCUCAGACAGAUUUUUGAGGCUUUUGGGCCUGUUGAGCUUGUUCAACUACCAACAGAUCCUGAGACGGGACAUUGCAAAGGUUUCGGGUUUGUCCAAUUUGGGCAACUUGAACAUGCAAAGGCAGCACAAAGUUUGAAUGGGAAGCUAGAUAUUGCUGGUCGGACCAUUAAGGUAUCCUCAGUUACUGAUCAUGUCGGAGUACAAGAUUCUGGAACAAAAACUGCAGAUUUUGAUGAUGAUGAUGGAGGUGGUUUGGCUCUGAAUGCUCAAUCCAGAGCUAUGCUCAUGGCAAAGCUCGACCGCAGUGGUAUAGCUUCAAGUGUUGUAGGGACCCUUGGAGUGCCUGCCUUCAAUGGAGCGGCUCCUUCACAGCAAUCUAUCACCAUGCCCAUCAAUCCAACAGCAGUCCUUCCAAAUGCAGUUCUUCCUGCCCAGGUUGCUUCUAUGGCUCCAGAACCUAUUGGAACACCCAGUGAAUGUUUGUUGUUGAAGAAUAUGUUCGAUCCAGCCACUGAGUCUGAUCCUGAGUUUGAUCUGGACAUUAGAGAUGAUGUGCAAGAAGAAUGUUCCAAAUAUGGUCGUGUGAAGCAUGCAUAUGUUGACAAGAACAGCGCCGGUUAUGUUUAUUUGAGGUUCGAAAGUGUGGAGGCUGCAUCACGUGCUCAACAGGCAAUGCACAAGAGAUGGUUUGCUCGCAGAUUGAUUUCGGCCAUAUUCUUGCAACCUUAUGAAUACGAUGCCAAAUUCAAAGGUGCUCCCUGAUCAAGCCUGCUGGUGAAAGUGCGACUUAGGUUUCGCAUCCGAGUCCCCAUCCUCGAAACACCAUGUUGAAUUUGAUUAUGCUAGGCUUAGUUCUAAGCGUUCCAGAUCAAUGUAAUCUUGUAAUUUUCCAGACUGCCGUUACAGUUCUAAUAUUAUGAAUUGAGCUACCGUUUAAAUGGAUAUUGUUUGUGAACGCA